AGAGCCAUGCAGGAGUUUGUUUGAGCUGCACUGAUCAAUGUUUUAUUUGGAGGAGGGCGGGUCAAAGUCAAGCAUCAAGAGAAAAGUACAUAUUGGUGACUACUGGUAGGUUGACAGCACACCCGUUUGGACCGGAGAUGAAGCUGCCGGUUUUGCUGCUGCUGGCCCUGCCGGCUCUGACUUCUCCUCGCCGUCCAGGUUGCCAUGAACCCUUACCGGUGCUGGACCCGGCUCUGAAGGACAUAGUUCCAGACCCAUCAGUUCACUCGCCCAAUCAAGCUUAUGUUGUGACUCCGGACAUCGCCAAAGCUAUGGCUUCAUCGCCGUCUGCCGAGUUUAACGGAACCAACCUGGUGUGGCAGCAGUGGACGGGGUCGGUCCCCGCCUACACAGUGUCCAUUUACAACGGAUACAUGAGUCGCUGGGACUAUGUGUGCAAAUACAGGUGCGCAUCAGGUUAUUAUAACCCUGACGUAGGUGCUUACUGCAUUUUCCCCUACGGCGGCAAAGCUCUCCAAGAAGCUGAUUUCUACUUGCUGGUCAACAAAGACAACUUUGAGAUUCUGGAGUGGAAGGAGGGCGCCUUCGGUUCGGUGGCCUGGAAUGCGGUCAAGACGUGCGAGGAGGAGGACGUAUACGUGGGCAAGAAUGAGUACGGUCUGGGGAAGGUGGUGGUCAGUCAUCGAGUCUUUUACUUACCCUACAAUGGAUGGGAGUACCAUUACGAAAAACCAUACCAGUUCCUGGUCAUCCAUGAGGAUGUGGAGAGCGAGCUCCUGACAAAUGUGAAGUACCACACAAAGGGCAUCCCGGUGGUGGCACAUCCCCCUGAGUCACUGAAGAACGACAGCGUCUCAAACUCAGCUUGCGAUGAAGCCAUGCUCUCAGACACUCUGACAAAGAGCACCAAGAUGGAACACAAAUGGGAAAACAACUACAGCCUCUCAUUGGCCGGGAGCACCAGCAUCACCACCAAGAUCCCCUUCAUCACCUCAGCAGGCAUUCAGUUUAGCAUGGAGGCCACCGUGAUGUUCACCACAGGGACCACCUACAGCGAGACCACCUCACACACCAUCAAGGUGCAGACCCCAGUCCCUGCCGGCCACUCGUGCAUCAUCCACAUGAUGGGCAAGAAAUACGGAGCAGACAUCCCGUACACCGCCGAACUGAAACGCACCUACAACAACGGCGAGACCAAGUGGACCACCAUCACCGGGACCUACAAGAGCAUCCAGAUCUCAGAAGUCCAGGCUGUGGUGGGCCGCUGUGAACCUCUGCCAAACGUCAAGCCUUGUUAGAACACAGCGCACGUUGCUUUUGUGUCAAACCACAAUGAAAAAUUAACAACACUU